GGUCGGCUCCGCCCCCGGCGCUGCUGUGUCCGCUGUGCUCGGAAAUGCGGCCAGUGUGAGGCGGCCUGUACCGGGUAGACGCGGAGCGGUCCUGGGACCGGAGAAGCGUACAUGCCGGGGGGAACCGGGGACAGAGACACGGAGGAGGCAGGGCCGGUGGGGCGGUAGCCAGAGGGCAGGAUGCCGCCCGGAGUUUACUGCCCAGUGGACUUCUGGGCCAAGGAGGAGAAUCGGGACAUCUCGGUGGACUUCCUGCUCCCCACGGGCAUUUACCUCAACUUCCCUGUGUCACGCAAUGCCAGUCUUGGAAAUAUUAAGAAGAUACUAUGGCAGCGGGCACAGCAGGAGCCACUAUUCCACACACUGGGGUCCCCGUCCUCUUACGUCUUCACCUGCAUCAACCAGACGGCGGAGCAGCAAGAGCUGGAGGACGAGCAGAGGCGACUGUGCGACAUUCAACCUUUCCUACCGGUCCUGAGGCUUGUGGCCAGGGAGGGUGACCGAGCCGAGAAGCUUCUCAACUCCCAAAUCAGCCUACUCAUUAACAAGGGUCUCCAUGAUUUUGACUCUUUAAACGACCCGGAGGUGAACGAUUUCCGCACCAAAAUGCGCCAAUUCUGCGAGCAGGUAGCGUCGCGGCGCCAGAGCAUGAACUGGGAGAGCUGGAUGGAAUCGAAUUUCCCUCUGCAGCUAGAACCAUCCACCACCCUGUUCAUCAAACCUUCCUCCAGCAAGACCAUCAUGAUCAACGUUAAGUUUCAGAAUAGCGAGGAAACUUUCACCUUACAAGUCUCUCCCCGAGACCUUCCCAUCUCCAUCAUCCGAAUGGCACUACGGAAAAAGUCCAAUGUAUCCGGGCAGCGCUGUCCGGGGGCUCCAGAGGAGUACACCCUACAGAUCAAUGGCAUGCUGGAAUACAUCUACGGCAACUACCCCCUAUGCCAGUUCAAAUACAUCAGCCAGUGUUUGAAGAACAAUUGGACUGCUCACCUUACCCUGGUCACCACCUCUUCCACGUUACCGGACAAACAGGGAGAUCCCACAAUCCUUUGCCCAAAAACUCGGCACAAACCUCCUCCGCUACCUACUAAAAAGCCACAUCAGUGUUCCCUGUGGAGCCUGGAGAAGCCAUUUUGUUUUCAGCUCUUGUAUGGAUACAACGUUAAUGCGGAUGAAGGGUUGAAGCUGUUGGUGUACUGUGGCCUCUACCACGGCAGUGAGCUUCUAUGCAAGACCGUGGCUAGCAACGAGGUGAACGCUUCUUCCGAGCCUCAGUGGCAGCAGACGUUGGAGUUUGAAGUCAACGUGUGUGACCUUCCUCGCAUGACGAGGCUCAGCCUGGCUCUCUAUGCUGUCGACAAGUCGAAGAAAGCCAAGUCUACUAAAAAGAAGUCCAAGAAGGAUUACCCCAUCGCCUGGGUGAACACCAUGCUGUUUAAUUAUAAGGACAUGCUGAAGUGCGGCGAGUACUCGCUCUGUAUGUGGUCGUCUUUUCCAGAUGAGAAGGCAGAACUACUGAAUCCGAUGGGAACCGUACAGUGUAAUCCCAAUACUGAGAGCGCAGCCACAUUGCUGAUCAGUUUCAUCAACAUGUCUGACUAUCCCGUCUACUAUCCCACCAUUGACAAGAUUCUCGAUUUGGGCCGUCUUGGUGAAGUAUCAAACGCCACUCAGGACGAGCGGCAGCAGCUCCAGGAGAUUGUGGAACGGAAGGGCCAAGCUGAGCUGUACGAACAUGAGAAGGAGCUGGUCUGGAAGCUGCGUCAUGAAAUUAAAGAACGCCACCCGGAGGCCCUGCCCAAGCUGCUGCUCACCACCAAGUGGAACAAACACGAGGACGUAGCACAGAUGGUGUAUUUACUGCAGAUGUGGCCGGAGUUGCCUGUCCUCACUGCCUUGGAGUUAUUAGACUUCAACUAUCCCGAUCGAUCUGUGGGAUUGUUCACUAUGAAUUGCCUGAGGAAGCUCACGAAUGAAGAACUGUGCCAAUAUCUGCUGCAGCUGGUUCAGGUUCUCAAGUACGAAUCUUAUUUGGAUUGUGAGCUGACAAUCUUUCUGCUGGAGAGAGCGCUGAUCCACCGCAAGAUCGGUCACUUCCUGUUCUGGCACCUCCGAUCGGAGAUGCAUGUCCCCGCGGUGGCCCUGAGGUUCGGUCUCAUCCUUGAAGCAUAUUGUCGGGGCAGUAACUACCAUAUGAAGGUUCUCAUGAAGCAGGGGGAAGCUCUGUCCAAGCUGAAAGGUCUCAAUGACUUUGUGAGGUCUAGCGUCCAGAAGACCAACAAGCCCCAGGCCAAGGAGGCGAUGCACAUGUGUUUGAGACAGGAGACCUACCUGGAGCCACUCUCCCACCUCUACUCCCCUCUGGACCCCAGCCUGAUUCUGACAGAUGUAUGUGUAGAGCUUUGCACUUUCAUGGAAUCUAAGAUGAAGCCGCUGUGGAUUGUAUACAAUAACGAACUAUCGGGCGGAAAUCGCGUCGGCAUCAUCUUCAAGAAUGGAGAUGAUCUCCGCCAGGAUAUGCUGACACUACAAAUGAUCCGGCUCAUGGAUGUUCUGUGGAAGAAGGAGGGACUGGACCUCCGGGUCACACCUUAUGGCUGCCUAUCGACCGGGGACAAGACUGGCCUUAUUGAAGUUGUCAUGCGUUCUGAUACGAUCGCCAACAUCCAGCGCAACAAGAGCAACAUGGCAGCUACUGCGGCCUUCAACAAAGAUGCACUGCUGAACUGGUUAAAGAGCAAGAAUCCGGGGGACGCUCUGGAAAAAGCCAUCGAGGAGUUCACGCUGUCAUGUGCUGGCUACUGUGUAGCAACCUAUGUCCUGGGCAUUGGGGAUCGCCACAGCGACAAUAUCAUGAUACGGGAAAGUGGACAGCUCUUUCACAUAGAUUUCGGCCACUUCCUGGGUAAUUUUAAGACCAAGUUUGGCUUUAACCGCGAGCGGGUUCCCUUCAUCCUGACGUACGAUUUUGUGCAUGUCAUUCAGCAAGGGAAGACCAAUAACAGCGAGAAAUUUGAGAGGUUCCGAGACUACUGUGAAAAAGCCUACACGAUCCUGCGAUGCCACGGCACUCUCUUCCUUAAUUUGUUUGCACUGAUGAAAGCAGCCGGUCUGCCUGAGCUCACCUGUUCCAAGGACAUCCAGUAUCUCAAGGACUCUCUGGCUUUGGGGAAAAGUGAUGACGAAGCGCUGAAGCAUUUCCGGGUGAAGUUUAAUGAGGCGCUGCGGGAAAGCUGGAAGACCAAAGUGAACUGGUUUGCACACACGGUGUCCAAAGAUAACAGACAGUAGGAGGGGGGCUUGGCUAUUGGCUGGAUUUCAUACAAGGUUCUGGACCUCAGGGGGGGGCGCCAUCGGCCUCCUG